AUGACUCGUGACUUGAAAGAACAUUUAUUGUUCGAAAUUGCAACAGAAGUCGCCAACAGAGUUGGUGGUAUCUAUUCUGUCUUAAAAUCCAAAGCACCAAUAACAGUAGCUCAAUACAAGGAAAAUUACAUGUUAUUAGGUCCCCUAAACAAGGCGACUUACCAAAAUGAAAUCGAACAAUUAGAUUGGACCUCAGAGGAGGCAUUCUCUGGUGAUUUGAAACCCAUCCAAGACACUCUCCAUUCUUUACAAUCUAAGGGAUUCAAUUUCGUCUUUGGUCGUUGGUUAAUUGAAGGUUCUCCAAAGGUUCUAUUAAUAGAUUUGGAUUCUAUUAGAUGGCGUUUAAAUGAAUGGAAAGCUGAUCUUUGGUCAUUAGUUGGUAUCCCAUCUCCCGAAUAUGAUUCUGAAACUAAUGAUGCUAUCUUAUUAGGGUAUGCUGUCGUUUGGUUCCUUGGUGAAUUGACUCAAUUAGAUCAUAAACAUGCUAUUAUUGCUCAUUUCCAUGAAUGGUUAGCAGGUGUUGCAUUGCCCUUGUGCAGAAAGAAGAGAAUUGAUGUCGUUACCAUUUUUACAACUCAUGCUACUUUGUUAGGUAGAUAUUUAUGUGCUGCUGGUGAUGUUGACUUUUAUAAUAAUUUAGCAAACUUUGAUGUUGAUCAAGAAGCCGGUAAAAGAGGUAUUUAUCAUAGAUAUUGUAUUGAAAGAGCUGCUGCGCACACUGCUGAUGUGUUUACUACAGUUUCACAAAUUACUGCCUUUGAAGCUGAACAUCUUUUGAAAAGAAAACCUGAUGGGAUUUUACCAAAUGGGUUAAAUGUUGUUAAAUUCCAAGCCGUUCAUGAAUUCCAGAAUUUACAUGCUUUGAAAAAGGAAAAGAUCAAUGAAUUCGUUAGAGGUCAUUUCCAUGGUUGUUUCGAUUUUGAUUUGGAUAAUACUUUAUAUUUCUUUAUCGCUGGUAGAUACGAAUAUAAAAAUAAAGGUGCCGAUAUGUUUAUUGAAGCAUUGGCUCGUUUGAAUUAUAGAUUAAAAGUUGCUGGUUCCAAGAUGACAGUGGUUGCUUUCAUUAUUAUGCCUGCUAAGACAAACUCAUUCACCGUGGAAGCCUUAAAGAGUCAAGCUGUAGUUAAAUCAUUGGAAAAUACAGUGGAUGAAGUUACUAAAAACAUUGGUAAGAGAAUAUUUGAACAUGCGAUGAGAUUUCCUCAUAUGGGCAUUACAUCAGAAAUCCCAACAGAUUUGAAUGAACUAUUAAAACCAUCUGAUAAUGUUUUGUUAAAGAGACGUGUCUUGGGAUUAAGAAGAGCUGAUGGCCAAUUACCACCAGUGGUUACUCAUAACAUGGUUGAUGAUGCUAAUGAUCCAAUCUUAAAUCAAAUUAGACAUGUUCAAUUGUUUAAUAAUACAAGUGAUAGAGUUAAAGUUAUUUUCCAUCCUGAAUUUUUGAAUGCUAAUAAUCCAAUCUUAGGUUUAGAUUAUGACGAAUUUGUUCGUGGUUGUCAUUUAGGUGUUUUUCCUUCAUAUUAUGAACCAUGGGGUUAUACUCCAGCUGAAUGUACCGUUAUGGGUGUUCCAUCAAUUACCACCAACUUAUCAGGGUUCGGUGCUUACAUGGAAGACUUGAUUGAGGCUAAUCAAGCUAAAGAUUAUGGUAUUUACAUCGUUGAUCGUAGAUUUAAGAACCCUGAUGAAUCUGUGGAACAAUUAGUUGAUUGUAUGGAAGAAUUCUGUAAGAAAACAAGAAGACAAAGAAUCAACCAAAGAAAUAGAACAGAAAGAUUAUCAGAUCUAUUAGAUUGGAAACGUAUGGGUUUAGAAUAUGUUAAGGCAAGACAACUAGCAUUACGUAGAGCAUAUCCAGAUCAAUUUAAACAAUUAGUUGGAGAAGAAUUGAACGAUACCGAUAUGAAUACUUUAGCUGGUGGUAAGAAAUUAAAGAUUGCUAGACCAUUAAGUGUGCCUGGUUCACCAAGGGAACCAAGAUCAGGCAGUACAGUGUUCAUGACUCCUGGUGAUUUAGGUACUUUACAAGAUGCCAACAAUGCUGAUGAUUAUUUCAAUUUAAGUAUGGAUGGUAGAGCUCUUGAUACUGAUGAUACAGAAGAAGAUGAAGGUAUUGCUGGUGUAGAUGGACCUCAUUAA